AUGGACGCCUCGGCCGACGACCCGCAGCGCUUCCGAAUCCGUCGAUCGCCGUCGAUCGGCACCUCCGCCGCCGCCGUCGGUCCAGCAUCGACGAGAUCCGGCAAGAGAAAGCUCUCGACCGCAGCAUUCGCCUCUUCGCCCAGCAUGGCGCCUCAUCCUCCAUCGUCACCCAUCGCCUCGGAGCAUCCGACCGACGAGCUCAAGCUCAAGCAGGGCAUUCAGACCGCUUCGCAAGCCGCCAGCACAUCACGAUCCACCGUCGAUGCCUCCGAUGCAACCAGCAGCAACGCAGAGUCUUCGUCCGCCGCCGCGGCUCAUCCGAAUGCCUCGGCUUCUCAUGCCCAGUUUCACGAAUGGCAAGAUCAGCGCAGAUGCCAUUCGGUGCUCGCCGACUACGACUAUUUGCACCCGACCGAGGACCGACGCGACCCACGAAGCUCCAACGCCCGCCUCGUCAUGCCAGUCUCGCAGCAGUCCCAGGCGGUGGCAUGCAGCUCAUCUCAUGACCGCCCAGCUAGUGAGAUGGACUCCCACACUUCGUUGCAACCACCUCCGAUAGCGCUUCAGCACGACGACUCGGCAAACGACGUCACACGCGACACUGCUCCAAGCCACACCGGUUUGGGGCCGAGUCCGUCGCUUCCGCUCAGCCCAGAAUGCAACGUCUCGCCCUCGCCCUCGUUUGCUGCUUACGGAUAUCCCGACACACCACCCCGUGUUUCUCAGCGUCUUUCGUCUUCGUUGUCGCAAGAUCGACCCGGCACUGCCGGCGCAUCCACCUCGGCUGCCGCCUCGUCUCACCGUCUUUCCAGCAUCGCCGAAUCGUCAAACGAGCGAGCAGGCCCAGCAGACGCUUGCAGCACAAAUCACAUUGCAUCGGAGACGUCGCGUCCGUGGACGAGAGCGACGUCUUUGAGAUUCGACCAAGCCGAGCAGCGUGAGCGCUCGCCGCUUGGUGAGGCGACGCACCAUGCAUCGCAGUCGCAAGAUCCCUUCCGCCUGCAGCCCGUUCCGCCGUCGAAGCGUCGAAAGCUGGACGAUUCCCUUGCAGGCUCAACUCAUGCUGAUCUCGGGUCGCCCACUCGCAUCGACGACACGCAGCGCUCGAGCGACGCUGGCGUUGCGUCUGACUCUGCGCAGGUACGCAGCAGUGUCGAGACGAAGGCAGGUGAGGCGCUCUCUGAAGACAAGCCUGGCUUCCUCAACCACACCCAACGCGCUGCUUUGGUCCCGUCCGCUCAGCCAAGCGCCUCUGCGUCUUUGUCCGUAGCGAGGACUUCGUCGGCACACGCCGCUCGCCUCGACCAAUCCACAGAUGCGAGACACGCUGCUCAUGCCCCUGCCACCACCACCCGCAACGCGCACGCCGAGGCGAUCCAGCGAAAGCAGCAUGCCUGGCCGAGCCGCAAGUACUCGCGCCUCACACGUGCUCAGAGCGUGCCCAACCUGCGUGCCAAGGCCACGCUCGACGUCUCGGCGCCGUCGCAUCACCGCCUCAUCCUGCCCAACCAUCUGGCCGGCUACGUCUCGUCGCACUCGCGACAGAGCCGCUCUGGUCAGAACGGGUCCAAGGGCUCGACAAUGCGACUCUCUAAGGGGCUGCCACUCAACCUCGCACAUUACUCUGUCGGGACCAGCAGCUCACGCUCGCGAUCGACGUUUACACCCACGCUGCAUCCGCCCAUCACACGGCACACGCUGCGCGAGCUCGACCUGCUCGAGAUCCUCAAGAACCCGCAGCUCCGCCACGACGUUGUCUUCGAUCCCAACGUCCAGUUCCGCCCCAACUUUGAUGGCGAGCGCGGCAGGCGCAAGCGCGAGGCCGGCGAGAGAUACUGGGCUGCUGUUGUCCGCGAGAUUGAGACCGGCUGCACCUGCACCGCCUUUUCGCAUGGCCAGCUUCUGCCGUGCACGUGUCGCGCCAAGGGUCGUUCGCUGCCCGCCGGUGUAGCGUGUCUGCGGGAUGCAGCGGCUGGCCCCGAUGGCAAGCGCGAUUCCAAGGGCAGGCCGCCGCUGCCCAACUCGCGUAUUCCGUCGAGGAUCCCACUGCUGGUGCAGGAGUUGCGCACGAUCUGCCUCUCGAUUCUGCCAUCCAACUACCCCGCCGACUCGGCCGGUGUGGUGGCAGAGGAGGCUUCAGCCACAUCUACUGACGACAGCAAGGUGGGCGACGAAGCUGGUUCCGACCGCGACCGUCUGGCUUCGGAGAAAGCGGCUGCUUCGGCCUCGUCUGGCGUUCCUUCGUUGGCCACGACGCACCACCAACUCAUUGCACACACGCUGGACCCGCACCUGAUCGCACAGGAGCUGCAGCACGGCGUGCUGGACGUGCCUGCGCUCAUCACGUUUAUGGGAUCGAUCCUCAAGCUGCACUGCGCGCCGAUGCGCGACGAGGCGAUCGAAAAGAUGGUCGAGGUGGUGUGCAUCGACCACGACAUCGGCAAGGGUCUGCGACUCUGUUUCGAGAUCCUCGAGCUGAUGAAGCUCGACAUUGCCAACCACCAGCUGCGGUCGGCGCGGCCGUUCCUGGUGGAGACGGCGGUGGACUUUGAGAUCCGCUGGUUCAAGGAGCAGAUCGAGCAGGGCAAGAUGUCGCUAGACAAGACGACCGCCUGGAUGCGACACGCACUGAGCGAGGCGAGCGACGAUUCGGGCCUGCCGCGCAGCCAAGUGAUGGUGACGGCAUUCAACCGCGGCAUGCUGCAGCUCAUCUUUGAUGUGCCGGGCACGCUGCCCGUGCUGUCGCAGGUGGCCACGCCGCUGGGCUCGCCGUCGUCGUCGUCGCUCAACAACACCUUUGCCACGCUCUACCCAGAGACGUUCCAGUUUGACGCGUACCGCAUGAUGACGUUCCACAACGAUGUGUCGGACCUGACGAUCGUAUAUAUGCUGCUGCUGCUCUUCCGCCAGCUGUGCGGCACGCCGCUGGACGACGGUGCGCCGCUGCCGGCGUGCGUGGGCAGCCUGGUGCAGCGCCAGCUCAAGAGCAUCAAGGGCGAGAUCUGGUGUCUGCUCAACGACGCCAAUCUGUGCCUGUCGGGCUCGGGCGGCACGUCUUCCGCGCCUGCGGGGGCGUCCUCGGCGAGUGGCCCUAGCCGACGUGCAGCAGGCGUGGAGGGUAAGCCGUUCCUCGGCAGCGCCGGCGGCUUUGCCAAGCUCGACCAUCCGCGUUGGCGACGCGCGAUGCAGAAUGUGCUUCUCCAGAUCGCCGCGCGCGCCGCAGCGGUGCAGACGGCGGCGCGAACGGGCACGUCGGACCCGAGUGCGGUCAAGACGGCGGCGCCGUCGGCCAAGACGCAGCAGCUGCUCAACUCGUGGAUGGAGACGAAUCUGCGCAGCGGAUCGGCGCUGCACAAGAUCUGCCAGAGCCGGCUGCGCGAUGUGGUGCUGGGCAUGCUGACGGACAAGGUGCGCAGCAGCCUGCAGAUCGUCGCGGCUGUGCCUGCGGCCGUGCCUGCGGCCGCCAGCAAGGGUGGCGAGCCUAGUGCAAGCCAGCAGAAGCGCGCAAGCUCGAGCGAAGACGGCGAUGCAGAUGACGGUGCAUCGGCGUCCAAGAGGCACCGCACCGAUGCUGGUUCGGACGCCACGAGCAGCGACCAGGUGACCAACGCUGCGGGUGUCGCGGCCGGCACGGGCACGCCCUGGGACGCUGCGAUGAACCGCGCGGGGCUGGAGCCGUUUGCGGCCGAGAUCCGAUUGCUGUCGGACCGAGUGGCCAAGGUGGCGACGUUCCACCUGCGCGUCUUCCGCCACCUGUACGAAGGCUUUGAGGCUGGCCGCGCCCAGCCAGCCCAAUAG